AUGCCGGACGAGAAGCGAUUGAAGUCGAAAGAGGUGAAGCGGAAGAACGUCGUCGAAGCGCUUAAACGGUUGGACCUGUUCCUGACCAAGUUUGAUCCCGAUCAGCAUCAAAGCGAAGUUCCCCAUCGUCUGGAGCGACUGGAGAAAGUGUGGAAUGCGUUCGAAAUCGUCCAAGAAGAAUACGAGGAAUUGGACGACUCUGAAGAGUUCGUCCAAAAGAAUCUAGAGCUAUGCGGUACAGUCGAGGAGAUGUACUUCCGUGUAAAGGCUGGAUUAGUAUCGAAGCUACCAGCACCCGCCGAUCCCGUUGCACCCGCUGCGGCUCCAGUUGCACCCGUGGUUCCGAACCCCCUCGCUAACGUGAAGCUCCCGACAAUUUCUUUACCGGAGUUCGAUGGAGACUUCAAUCAUUGGUUGACAUUCCACGAUACGUUUGUGUCUAUGAUCCAUUCGUCGACGGAGAUAUCUCAAGUCCAAAAAUUUCAUUAUCUCCGGGCAGCUUUGAAGGGCGAAGCUGCGAAUUUGAUUCAGUCGAUCACGAUCACAGCGAACAACUACGCCGUCGCUUGGGAUGCGUUGGUGACCUGCUAUUCGAACCGCGCCAUACUUCGGAAGAAACACAUCCGAGCCCUUCUGAAGCAUCCGAAGAUCCCGAACAACAACGUAGAAGCCCUGCACAAAAUCGUGGAUGAAUUCCAGCGUCACACGAAGGUCCUCGAACAACUUGGCGAGCCUGUGGACCAAUUCAGCUCAAUCCUAAUCGAAUUGCUGGAGGACAAACUGGAUGACGCGUCGCUCACGGCGUGGGAGGAAUCCGUCGCCACAGUAGCGCACCCAACCUACAACGACAUGGUCCAAUUCUUGCAAAAGCGAGCCCGCAUACUGGAGACCAUUUCAAUCAACCGUCCUCAGCACACCCCGUCGAAGUCAAAUAACCAACCUCCCGCUCCGAAGAAGUUCCCCUCCACCCGACUUAGUACAAACGUCGCUUCUGACGGAUCGUCCAAAUCGUUCCCAAACUGCCCUGCAUGCGAGAAGCAGAGACAUUCCAUCUUCGACUGCUCCGUGUUCAACGGUCUGGACGCAAAGGGCCGUAUGAAGGUGGUGGCGGACAAAAAGCUUUGCAGCAAUUGUUUCCGCAGUGAUCAUUUUGCCCGCAACUGCCGCUCGAAGUUCAGCUGUAAACACUGCUCGCGGCGGCAUCACUCCAUGAUUCACCCUGGACGAUUUGAAGUGGAUAAGCAGGGAUCUGAUGGCGGUUCCGAGAAUCCGUUGCCCAGCACGUCCAGCGUAGUGACAGCGGUCGCUGCAAUCCCAACACCCGAGGUCGUUUCGACGGCCAAAUCAUCCAACGCCAGCGUGAUUCUGCCAACAGUAGUGCUACUAGUCGUCGACGUCUACGGCCAAGAGCAUAUCGCCCGGGCGCUGCUGGAUACAGGUUCCCAACCCAACGCAAUCAGCGAACGAUUGUGCCAAUUACUUCACCUUCCCCGAAAGGUCGUCAACGUUCCGAUCGCUGGAGUUGAUGGCACUAACACAAACGCUAAAUACGAAGUCCGCACAGAAAUCCGCUCCCGUCUGGUAAAUUUCGCCGAAUCCCUGGAAUUUCUGGUGUUUCGGAAGGUGACUAGCGAUACACCGUCUGUUUCGUUCUCCACCACUCGAUGGAACAUUCCCGACAGGUUUGCUCUCGCUGACCCCGACUUCAACACUCCCAGGAGAGUCGACAUGAUACUCGGCGCUGAACAUUUCUAUUCGUUCAUCCGAGAUGGACGAUUCCGUUUACCAAACCAUGGUCCUUUGCUCGUCGAGACUGUUUUCGGCUGGAUCGUUGCCGGGAAGUUCGAAGAUCCGCAUGAAGCAGGCGAGCGCUCCGUUGUUACUUGUCAUGCGGCGACAGUUACCCCCGUAAACGAACUGCUAGAGCGAUUCUGGCGCAUCGAGGAGCUGCAUGGACCAAACUACUCCGUAGAGGAACAGAAGUGCGAGAACUACUAUCAGGAAACCGUAUCCCGCGAUCCGACCGGUCGCUACAUCGUCCGGAUGCCAAAGCACCCCGAUCACGAGAAAAUGAUUGGAUUAUCGAAAGCAUUCGCCACCCGCCGACUGAGGUCGUUAGAACAGCGACUGUCAAAAGACGAAAGUGUGAAGAAGCAGUACCACGACUUCCUUCACGAAUACAUCACCCUCGGCCACAUGGCUGUGGUUCAAGAAGCUGAAGAAGACGAUGCAAAGGCUUGUUACCUCCCGCACUAUCCCGUCCUGAAGGAGUCAAGCUCUACCACGAAAGUGCGAGUGGUCUUUGAUGGGUCGGCCAAGACCAGCUCCGGACACUCGCUCAAUGAUUCUCUACUCGUGGGUCCCGUGGUUCAGGACGACCUCCUGAGCCUAAUCCUUCGUUUCCGGAAGUUUCCGGUAGCUCUGGUGGCGGACAUCGAGAAGAUGUAUCGCCAAGUUUCGAUGCAUCCACAGGACCGUCCACUACAAAGAAUCCUGUGGCGUUUUCACGCGUCUGAGCCCAUUCAAACGUAUGAACUGGGCACAGUCACUUAUGGUCUUGCUCCGUCCUCGUUCCUCGCCACACGAACCCUCUUGCAGCUCGUCGAAGAUAAAGGAUGUCCGUUCCCGAAAGCUAGCGCGGCAAUCAAGAAGAACGUGUAUGUAGAUGACCUCAUCGGAGGAGCCGACAGCACCGAAGAAGCCAUCCAACUGCGUGAGGAGUUAGGCGAUCUGCUUCAAAAAGUUCUGGCUGGCCUAUCUCCUGAUGAGCUCGGAAUGCAAUCGUCCAUGAAGUUCGACCCCGACGAAAGCAUCAAAACCCUCGGAAUUCGAUGGGAACCCGAAGCGGACGUGUUUCGUUUUGACUUCUCCGUUACCGUAAAGGAUCAACCACCAACUAAACGCCUCAUCCUCUCCGCUAUUGCACAGCUUUACGACCCCCUUGGCCUUUCCGGCUCGCAUUUCUGGGGUCCAACUUAUCGGUAUUACUGCCGGCUUUCGGUGAUAGAAACCGCCAAGCCUUGCGGGCACCGCCUGGAAGCUCCUCAUCUGGAGGCUGCCUCAUCCGCUUCUGCAAGUGCUUGUCAAAAGCAGUCGCAUCCGCCGCUAACUUUGGGCUACCUGCGAAAGCGAAGGCCUCCUCCUGGGUAG